UCAAAUCAACCAACAGGUUAUGUUUGUGUUCGUAUUCAAUUUAAUAAUGUUCAAAAACUGGCGAAUUCCCUGAAUGUUACUGGUGCAAAAAAUAGCUUUAAGGAUAGACCUAUUUUAUGGUAAAUUUGUUUCAUAAUAGACCCCCCAAAGUACUUGCUCCAAUAGGCCUAGAACUCUCAGUACUCUAACCUACAUUCACAGGUGAAAUGGGCUUCAUCUUUAAAUCCUAUAGUGUAUCGUAAGGGAACAAGCAAUUCUAUUCUUAUUAUGGUUUCCCCAUCAUAAAAAAAAAUGCAAAUUGAAAAUAUUAAUACAUUGUCUUUCGGUCCUGAUAUCUGCUGGCCAAAGGACUUUUCAGAGCUAAAAUUAAUCGACGACUGCCUUCGCUGCGGAAUCUGCUAUGAAUACUUCAAAACUGUAAUGGUCACACCAUGCGCUCAUUCAUAUUGCUCGAUCUGCAUCCGGAAAUAUCUAUCUUUCAAAACAGCCUGCCCUGUAUGUUUCGAAGAAGUUUUUGAAACAAGCUUAAGAAAUAACAGGAUACUAGACAGACUUGUUGAACUAUUUCUUCGCAUACGGGAUAAACUAAUAAAACAGUUGAAAAUCGCAGCAGUUCUCAACUGUAAUGAAAAGCCGGUUCCAACCCUGACACCUUCACAAAGUAACACGACAAAGAAAAUAGCCCUACCUACUGAAACGCCUAAGAACAGUACGGCAAAGAAGAUAGGCUUACCUACUGAAACGCCAAAGAACGGUAAAAAUGUAUCCACACAGGCAACCUCAUCCAAAGGGAAGUUAAACUUUUCUUUGAUGAGCACUCCUAGUUCAAGUGUGAAGAAAUCACAAAUUUCAAAGCGAUUAGAGGACAUCCUUGGAUCUCCUGCCACCAAUGGGCCUACUUGUAGCCACGAUGUAGACUCCACUCCUCUUCCUGGAUCUGAAGACCAUGAUCUGAACAUACCAACAGUUCCCACAAUGUUCCUGAAGGAACCGACCUCGAUCCAAGCCAAAACGGAUGUCCCACUGGUUACUUGCCCUGUUUGUUUGGUUGGGAUACCUGAGAGGAAUAUUAAUACUCAUCUUGACAAUUGUUUGGCGAACGCAGACAAACCUGCAAGAAGUCCUGUGAAGAAUGUACCUAAAAGAAAGCCGUUAGCCAAAAUGGUGUGGCAUAUGAUGGCGGAAAAAGAUUUGAGAAAGAAACUUAAAGAGUAUGGCCUGAACACGCAAGGUGAUAAAAAAUCUCUAAUUGCAAGGAUUCAAAGGUAUAUUGUUCUAUACAAUUCAGAAUGUGAUUCUGCAAAUCCAAGAUCCAUCGCAGACUUGAUUCGGCAAGUAGAAAGAGAAGAAAAACAACAAAAUCCACAACCUCUACAGUUUCAGAGAGUUGUCACCAAGAAAUCUGAUCCCAAGGUCAUUGAAGAGGAAAAUAAUAAGUACAUUCAAGAAAACAAGGACAGUUUCAAGAAACUUAUUGAAGCUAUGCGACAGAGGGAAGGACGUAACAUUAAACCCUUGCGACCCAUAAACAGGCUCUCUAGUGAUGAUGAGGGUGAAGACGAUCGGAAGACGAAGGAUCGUGAGAAGAUAUCUAACAAUUCAAAUGGACCUUUAGAAAUUUUGGUUGACUUGUGUUCAAGAUCUUCAUCGCCUGUACUUGAUUCAUGGACUACCAAAGCUGUAGAAAAUGACCGAGCUGCAGAAACGGUCACUCCUGAAAAUCUUGACCAGCUCUCGGAUGAUUCUAUUUGUGAUAUUUUCCAACCAGACAUCAACCAUGAUUCAAAAACUUUUAAAAAAGAUAGGUCUAAUAAAGAUUGCGGUGUGAGCCUGUUGGAUGAGGGGGAUGAUUUUGAGGCUGAAGCGAAUGAGCUAGAAUGUUAUGGAGAAGAAGACACCAAGUUUCAAGAAAGUGCAAGAGUGUUAGAUGAAGGUGAUGAUUUUUGUGAUGCAGAAGAUUUGUUUAACUCUUCCCCCUCCAGACCUCCAGCACCUAGUUGUAUAAUUAGAACCCACUCGGAGAGUGAAAGCGACAAUAGUAUUAGUAUUCUCAUAGAUCAAAAUUUAGAUACUGAGUUGUGCAAUCAAGUCGAACGAACCUCUGAAAAUUGUGGACUGGAGUUUACCGAGAAAGUUGAAGGGACAGAAAACCCUGACAAUGAUCCAGACUUUGUGGUCAACACAGAAGAUCAAGAACAAGGGGACAGUGAAGAAGUGUUAAUACCUCAGAGGAAACCUGGGACAAGGAAUCAACGAAAAAGGAAAGAAAGUCCAGUCAUAAAUGAAAUCCCUAGUCCAAGACGAUCAAGACGGAGAGUGCACAAGUGAGCAAUUAGUUAACUUGUAAACUGUAAGUUUUAUCUAAACAAAACCGAUCAAGAAUCCAUCACAAAUCCACUUUCUAAGGGUAUUUGGUUAACAAUUACAAAAAAGCUGAGAUUUCUCUUUAUUAAUCUUUUUUAAUUGAAAAAUAACUAUAAUCAAAUUGUGAUUUAAAAUUUGGUAAAAGAGAUGGUUCAAAACUCCUGAAAACGCAAAAAAUCUCAGCAUAAUUAAAACAAAAUUUUAAAAACAUUAAAAAUAUAUUUUGAAAACAUUGUUUUAUAGCUGUGCACAUUCAAUCUUUUGAAGGUGGGAUCUUGAAAUAUUUUCUUCUUAAAAAAUAUGUUAAUUAUGGAAACAUUUUUGGUGUUUUGAAUUGGGUGGCGGAUUAAAAAUUAAUUGAGGCCUGCAAAAUAUUUUUGUAAGGGCUAAAAAAUUUAAAAAUCUGCUAAAUUAAAUUAAAAAAUUAAUUAUUGUUGUUACGCAAUCAUUUUUUUAAUGUACCCUCUCAAAUUUUUCCUUUUGUUGUGGCUUUGUUACAAAAAAUUGAUUGAUGAAUGAAUUUACUUUUUGGGUUUUAAUUUGGUUGAAGUUAGACUUAUCAGUUCUGUUGUCAAUAGAGAAUAGUAUUUUCUGUGACAGUAUUUAAAACAUAUACCCUGCUUUACUUGUUGUCAGUAUUUUAUUAUAGCUAAUUUACAACAUUAUGAGAUGGGGUUUACGGAUUUUCCAUCAUAUUGAAUACAAUUACAAGGUAUUAUUAUUUUUUACUUAAAAGAUAAAGUGCCUUUAAAAACCUUAAAGGCUAAUCAAUAAAAAAUUGUAUUCUUAACAUUACAGGUCCUCAGAGUAAGCUUAGUGUUUACAAACGAACAAAA